UUCACAACAUGGCCGAGUAUGGAAAUGACAAUGGGGACCGAUACGGAGGAGGAGGUGGUGGGGGUGGGGGCUACGGUGGGGGAGGACGUCGAGGAGGCAGGAGCCAGGAGAAGAAACCAUUACCAACAGAACCACCUUUCACGUGUUACGUAGGAAAUUUACCUCAAGGGCUUGUUCAAGGAGACUUAGAAGUCAUUUUCAAACACUUGCGGGUUCGUAGUGUGCGUCUAGUCAGAGAUAAGGAGACAGAUAAAUUCAAAGGAUUCUCUUAUGUAGAAUUUGAAGAUAUUGAAUCUCUCAAGGAAGCCCUCACAUAUGAUGGAGCAUUAUUUGAAGAUAGGAAUAUUCGAGUGGAUAUAGCUGAGGGCAGAAAUAAAGAUAAAAAUCAAGGAUUCCGUGGGAGAGGAGGAGGAGAAAGAGGAGGUUUUAGAGGACGCGGUGGUCGUGGAGGUGGGGGCCGGGGUGGCUUCCAGGACCGAGGGGGAGAUAAUUGGGGCGGUGACAGAGGAUACUCAGACCGAGGAAGCUAUGGCAGGGGAGGAGGAGGAGGAGGAGGUUUCAGGGGAGACUUUGGGGGUGGUAGAGGCCGGCAGGAUGGCUUCGGUGGCAGAAAUCAGAAUGGGUUUAGUGGCCGCCCAAGACAAAGACAGAACAGUGGUGGUCCCUCAGAAGAAUUAAGAGAACCUUCACCAGAAAGUGCUGCUCAGCGCCCAAGAUUAAAACUUUUACCAAGAAGUGUUAAAGAACCAGUGGCUGCUCCCGCAAGUAUGUCUAGAAAUGCCAGCAUAUUUGGUACGGGUAAGCCCAGGGAUGCGGUAGAUGAUGCAGAUGUUCCCGCUGACCGCAGUCGAACAACAAGUGAAAACAGCAACAAUUAGCUACAUAAGAAAAACUCAUUAACCAAUCGAUUGUAAAUAUUGUACUUUUCCCCUUUUUUACAGGUACAGUUGAUACAUUUUUUUUUAUAUAAAUUGGAAAGAAAUUUGUAUCACAUUUUUUGUCUCUAUUUUUAAAUAAAAGUGUUUUUUUUUUUGUUUUUUUGUUUUUUUGCUGAUUUUGUACAAUAAAUCAGAUAGUUUGUGGAAAAAAGAUGCGAUAUUGUUCUAUUGUUAAUUUCUAUUGCAGAUAUUAUGUUUACUCUUACCUGUGUGAAAUGAAUUGUUGCAUUCAAGGUUUGUAAGUAGUAAAAGACAUUACUGUUUACCCCUAGGAAUGGUUCUCAUCACCUUGGAUACAUUUCAUGCCAAAAGUGUUACUGCAGUAAUCACGACUAUUGACUAUACAGUAUACUGAUAAGAGACAUGUUUUCUUUUGGAAUGAAUUGCCAAUGCCUAGCUUUCAUUGUUUUUAGGUUUUUUCUUUUUUUUAAGAAGUAUAAUACAUAUAUCACCAUUUCCUUUGUUUGGACACAUAUAUUUAUAAUCUUAUUUACAUUUUAUUAUUAAUUUUUUUGUUUGAAUGAAAAAUUGUAGUUUAACAAGACAUGACGGAAUUAAGUUAAAUAAAAAGUUAUAGAACAUUAUUAAGUUUCAAUUCAAACCACUAGGAAAUUUUUUUCAUUAGGGUGUUUCCAUCGCUAAUAUAUUCAAGUUCUUGUGUCACACAGUAUAGGAACUAGUAAGACAUUCUGAAUGUAAGUAAAUACAUUCACUGAUUUUAAUAAUGAUAAAAGCUUCUAAGUUGUCAAUGUAUUUAUAAAGUAGCAAUAUGAAUUUCAUUACACUGUCAAUUACAUGUAAUAUGAACAGUAGUUAAUGUAGUUUUUCUAUUGUAUACCCCAUGUUUAAUACAAGCAAGCAGUAGAUGUUUAAAGCAUGUUUUCUUCAUGACAAUUUUAUUUUUUAUUUCAUAGCAUUGUUGAGAAUUUGUAAUUUGUUAAAGUCAUCAUUUUGAUCUCUCUUCAGUGAAUUAAAAUAUCCAUUUUAAAGUUACAUGUUUGAAAUGUAACGAAGUGUAUUUUUAUGAAGCUAUAAAAGAUUAAAGUGAUUUUUUUCAGUUGAUUAAUUGUAAUGUAAUUUUGUAUAUAAUUAUGGCAUUAAAUGAAAUUGAGGAAAACUUGUUUUUAUGAAUGAGAUAUGGCAUAUGAGGUGCUUGUUUGUAUGUGCUGGUGUACAUAUCUCCAUAUCUUUCAUAGUGUUUGUGUACUAUAUUUAUAUCCGGUAUACCAUUGUGAUGUCAUGCAUUGGUGUUUAUGAUUUUUUUUUCCUGUACAUUGAAGUUUCAAACCAUGAUGUACAUGAAGCAGAAUAAAAUACUGAAAGAAAGAAA